AUGGUGCUGAUCCCUCUCAUCCGGGAUUACAUCGACCGCAUGCUCCAGGACAUCUCCGGCAUGAAGGUCCUCAUCCUCGACCCCCAAACCGUGGGGAUGGUUAGCGUAGUGUACAGCCAGUCGGAUCUCCUGCGGAAAGAGGUGUUCCUCGUGGAGACGGUCGACGACGCCUCCAGCUCCAGGGCGUCCAUGGCGCACCUAAAGGCCGUCUACUUCCUCCGCCCGUCCUCUGACAACGUCCAGAAGCUUCGCCGCCACCUCUCCGCGCCACGAUUUGCCGAGUGCCACCUCUUCUUCUCCAAUAUAUUGAAGAUUCCACAGAUUCAGGUGCUUGCCGAUUCUGAUGAGCAGGAGGUUGUGCAGCAAAUUCAGGAGUUCUAUGCUGACUUUUGUGCCAUCGAUCCUUUCCAUUUCACUCUGAAUAUACACAAUAACCACAUCUACAUGCUUCCAACGGUGGUUGAUCCUCCUGGCAUGCAAAGCUUCUGCGAUCGAGCUGUUGACGGCAUCGCUUCUGUCUUCCUGGCUCUGAAGCGUCGCCCUGUUAUUAGAUACCAAAGGACAUCAGAUGUCGCAAAAAGGAUUGCACAAGAAACUACGAGGUUGAUGUAUGAGCAGGAAAGUGGCCUGUUUGAUUUUAGACGAACUGAAAACUCUUCCUUACUAUUGGUGAUUGACAGAAGGGAUGAUCCUGUUACUCCGUUACUUAAUCAGUGGACAUAUCAGGCGAUGGUCCAUGAGCUUAUUGGAAUUGAGAACAACAAAGUUGAUCUUAAGGAGUUCGCUAAUGUACCUAAAGAUCAGCAGGAGGUGGUUCUAUCAGCAGUACAAGACGACUUUUUUAGAGUGAACAUGUUCGAGAAUUUUGGAGACCUUGGUAUGAAUGUCAAAAGAAUGGUAGAUGACUUUCAACAUCUUUCAAAAAGCAGCCAGAAUUUUCAGAGUAUAGAUGAUAUGGCAAAAUUUGUGAGCAACUAUCCUGAAUAUCGAAAGACACAUGGAAAUGUGACAAAGCAUGUUGCUUUGGUGAGCGAGAUGAGCAGAAUGGUGGAGGAAAGGAAGCUUAUGCAAGUUUCGCAGACGGAACAAGAGCUAGCAUGUGCAAGUGGACAAGCAGCAGCCUUCGAGGCUGUUACUUCCUUACUUAACAAUGAAAGUGUAUCUGAUAUUGAUCGUUUGCGACUUGUAAUGCUCUAUGCUUUGCGGUAUGAAAAAGAGAGUCCAGUUCAGCUGAUGCAGCUUUUCAACAAAUUGGCUUCUCGCUCUGCUAAAUACAAGUCGGGGCUUGUUCAAUUCCUGCUUAAGCAGGCUGGUGUUGACAAAAGAACAGGUGACUUGUACGGGAACCGUGACCUAUUAAAUAUUGCUCGCAACAUGGCUCGUGGACUUAAGGGCGUUGAGAACGUAUACACCCAACACCAGCCUCUGAUCUUCCAAACAAUGGAAGGAAUUGUCAAGGGGCGAUUACGGGAUGCUGACUAUCCACUUGUUGGCAACCAUUUCCAGCAGGGCAGGCCUCAAGAUGUUGUGAUAUUCAUCGUUGGUGGGACAACUUAUGAGGAAGCAAGAUCAGUAGCCCUUUAUAAUGCAGCAAAUCCUGGAGUCCGUUUCUUCCUUGGAGGUUCCGUGGUUCUAAAUUCGAAGAGGUAUUUGGUUUCCAUUAAAUUAGAUUUAGAUGAGAGGGAUCAUGGCUUGAUGAUGUUACCGAUGACUUUGCAGAUUUCUUGA